UAAAGGCCGGUUUGUAGAAUUGUGAACUCCGAAAGUGAUUUUUGCACCGUUUACAUUAAAUUUAUUUUUAAAAAAAUUCUUUGUUAAAAUGGCAGCAAAAAUGUUCCUGGACUUGCCCGGAGGCUUGAAGAUGCCGGCUCUUGGACUUGGCACUUGGCAAGCAAAGGAUAAAGAUGAGCUCGUUAAAGCCCUAAACGCAGCCCUUGAACUUGGCUACCGGCACAUCGACACUGCUUAUGUUUACGAAAAUGAAAAAAUCAUCGGCGAUGUGUUAAAACAAUGGUUCACUUCCGGGAAAUUGAAACGGGAAGAUCUUUUUAUUACGACAAAACUUCCCAUGUUUGGGGUGCACCCAGACCGGGUUGAGUUUUUCAUGAAAAAAUCGUUGGAAAAUUUGCAAAUUGACUAUGUUGACCUGUAUUUGAUACAUUUCCCUAUUGGCUUUAAGUAUGAUAGUAAUACAGGACGUUCGCUUCUUGAUGAUAAACAACAAAUGGUUCCGGAAGGUAAAACCGAUCAUGCGGCUGUUUGGAAGAAAAUGGAAGAACAAGUCGAUGCGGGUCGAGCCAAAACCAUCGGUCUCUCAAACUACAACAUUUCGCAAAUUGAAACAGUCCUAAAAUCUGCCCGAAUUAAGCCCGCGAAUUUGCAAGUCGAGCUUCACGUUUACUUGCAACAAAGGGCACUUGUUGAUUUUUGCCACAAAAAUGGUAUUACUGUUGUUGCCUACUCACCACUAGCGUCACCAGGUUUCAACAAAUUUUUACAAAGCAUAGGGAAAGAGCCGAAAAAAUUGCCCGAGAUUCUUUCCGAUCCUGUGGUCAAUAAAAUAGCCAAAAAACACUCAAAAACGCCAGCACAGGUUGUUCUCAGAUUUUUGUUGCAACGAGGAAUUGCGGCAAUUCCAAAAAGUGUAACACCGAAGAGGCUUCAGGAAAAUAUAAAUGUAUUUGAUUUCAAACUCGAUGAUGGCGAAUUUAAGGAAUUGUGGAAUUUGGAAGUGGGAGAAGAUGCCAGAGUUUGCGAUUUUAGAUUGGGGUUGUUUAAGAUUGAAGACCAUCCGGACUUCCCGAUGAAACGCUAGGAACUCUCACAAUAAUUUUAUACAAAAACCAUUGUUACAAUAAAAAGUGAAUAAAUUUUUAUGCACUA